AUGUACGAGUUCAGCAAACUAACAGAGGGAGGCUUCUCUAAAUUGAGUGUGGGCCUCGAUAAAAAUAUGGACUUCCCAAUUGCUAUCAAAUAUAUCGAAGAUGCCAAGUUGGCCUAACGAGAAAUGAAGAUAAUUAAAGACUUGUAAUGCAGCGAGAGCCAACUGAUUAUCACGAUGCCUCUAUUGGGAUCAAGUAUUGACACACUUAGAUAUCUAAAAGAAGAAAAUGGUCUAUCUGUGAGAGAAGUUCAAGCAAUUGGAGUUUUAAUGUUGGAGAGAAUUCAAAUGAUGCAUGAACUUGGGUAUGUACAUGGUGACAUUAAGCCUGAGAAUAUUUUAAUAUACAAUACAAAUAAGAGCUUCUCGGCAAAAGCCUCUUAAUAUCAAAUAAUAAAACAGAGGUUCAUUAAAAAAGUUGAGUAACCUGUGCUUGAUCAGAUGUCAGAAAUGGAAACAACGUCUAUUUAACCGCAAUAACUAGAUUCUACUGACUACGUUAAGCGUGGUUAAUAAGAUCUAGUAUUGAUUGACUUUGGUAAUGCAAGAAAAUACAUUAAGAAUGAAAACGGGAAGAUUAUUCAUAAAAAUAAAGCUAAAAAAAGCUUCUAUGUUUGCACUCUUGGCUAUGCAAGUGUCAGCCAGUCAAUGGGUAAUACAUUAUCAAGGAGAGAUGAUUUGGAGUCUUUGUUUUAUACACUAAUAAAUUUAAUCGGGCUUAGGCUUGAUGAAAUUUCAGAUUUAAACCGAAGUUAAGCAUUAAUAGAAAGAAAUCCACUCUAUGCUGAUGAUGAAGAAUAUCAAAAUUAGAUGGACCUUAUCGAGUUAAAGCUCAAUAUAAAUCAAAAAUCAUUAUCUUCCAUUAAUCUACCGGAAAGCUUUAUCAAAUUUUGGAGUUAUCUAAAUAAACUUAACUUUAAAGAUGAGCCAGAUUACGAUUAUCUAAUUAAGCUUUUCUCUAAGAGCUUGAUUAAAAGGCAGUUUUUCCCAUGCCCUGAAGGAAAGGAAGAAAUAAAUUGA